AUUUCUAUCCUUUCCUCGGAUCCUUUCCCGCCACUUCUUCACAAUCUCACCACAGUCUGAGACGCACACUAAACACACGCUUUGGUUGAUCUCAGAAAGAUGCUGUGGGUAGACAAGUACAGACCAAAAACCCUAGACAAGGUUAUCGUUCACCAAGAUAUUGCUCUCAAUCUCAAAAAAUUGGUGACUGAGCAAGAUUGCCCGCAUUUAUUGUUCUAUGGCCCACCUGGUUCCGGCAAGAAAACCCUAAUCAUGGCCCUUCUUAGACAGAUGUUUGGGGCUAGCGCUGAAAAGGUUAAAGUGGAGAAUAAAAACUGGAAAGUUGAUGCUGGAAGUAGGACUAUUGAAUUGGAACUCACUACACUAUCGAGUACUCACCAUGUGGAGUUAAACCCUAGUGACGCGGGGUUCCAGGAUCGGUACAUUGUUCAAGAGAUUAUCAAAGAGAUGGCAAAGAAUAGACCAAUUGACGCUAAAGGAAAAAAGGGUUUCAAAGUAUUGGUGCUCAAUGAGGUUGAUAAACUUUCAAGAGAAGCACAACACUCUUUGAGGAGAACAAUGGAGAAGUACAGCGCCUCAUGUCGUUUGAUUCUAUGCUGUGACAGUUCAUCAAAGGUAACUGAAGCAGUGCGCUCUCGUUGUCUCAAUGUCAGAAUAAAUGCACCAAAAGAAGACCAGAUUGUUAAAGUUCUGGAGUUUAUUGGCAAGAAAGAGGGAUUACAACUCCCUCCUGGAUUUGCUGCUCGAAUAGCUGAAAAAUCAGGUCGGAGUUUAAGGAGAGCAAUUUUGUCAUUCGAGACUUGUCGUGUACAACAGUACCCUUUUACCAAUAAUCAAGUGAUUCCCCCAAUGGACUGGGAGGAAUAUGUAUCUGAGAUAGCAUCUGACAUUAUGAAAGAGCAGAGCCCCAAAAAGUUGUUCCAGGUUCGAGGAAAGUUGUAUGAAUUACUUGUCAAUUGUAUUCCUCCUGAAGUUAUAUUGAAGAGGUUGCUUUCUGAAUUGCUGAAAAAACUAGAUGAUGAAGUGAAGCUAGAGGUUUGUCAUUGGGCUGCAUAUUAUGAACAUAGGAUGCGUCUUGGACAGAAAGCCAUUUUCCACAUUGAAGCAUUUGUCGCCAAGUUCAUGAGCAUUUACAAAAGCUUCAUAAUAGCAACGUUCGGCUGAAGCCAGCAAGCAAACAUGUUUGAGUUUCAAUUGUCUUGUUAAGGUCUUUAUCACCCCCAUCCUCCCGUUAGUUAACCGUUUGUAUUGUUUUCUACUUGAAUCAUUUUUGGGGUUGAGGAAUAGGACUUUGGAGCCCUUGUAAGAACCCAUCUGUCGUUAUGUCUAUUUCAAGUUAUUGCAGCUUUCAUGUGUCAAACUUCAACCCCUUUGAACCCAAAAAAGUGAUUUCUUUGGGUAUUGUUAAUUGGAAGGCAAGUUUUAUCUUCA